AUGGUGCCCAAAUCACCCCGACACGGCAAUAGUACCGAGUGCCACUACUGGGGCUACUCGUUUCAUUGGACUGAUCUCCAUCGCUCGGAAGAGGAACUCAAACCUAUGAUCUAUACCUAUGAUAAGCUUGCUGAUGAGUGUGUUGAAAUUUUGAAUAAGAUACCUACUGGUGGUGAUGAGAAGCAAUUUCAUAAGGAUCUUUAUGGGUUGUUGAGAGAUCAUAAGGAUGAGGAUCCUAAAUUGAGUGAGUUGUGGAAUCAGGUGAAUACUGUUCCGGCAUGGGUGGAUUGGGAUCAAAUUCAACGAGGUCAAGAUAUGUUUUUUCGAUAUGGACUUCCUAUUUUGAACACUCUGAGUUUCGAAAGUUUACUUGGUGGAAUGGGUGCAACUCGAGUCGUCGAAACACUCACACGAACAGGCGGCUUCGGCGCAAAAGUAGUUCGUCGCCGCCUCCUCGAAACUCUCCAACACAUCCUCCAAGUAAACAGCUCCGCGGAAGGAAUGAAACCAGGAGGCGAAGGAAACAUCUCCUCCAUUCGCGUCCGUCUGCUCCACUCAUCCGUCCGCCUCCGAAUCCUAUCCCUUAUCCAAGAAAACCCCUCAUACUACGACACUACCAAGUCUGGAAUCCCCGUAAGCGACCUUGACUGCAUAGGCACAAUCAAUACAUUCUGCGGCUCGGUCGUUUACCUCGGUCUCCCACGACAAGGUAUUUUCGUAAGUGACCAGGAGAUAAAAGAUUAUAUUGCGCUUUGGAGACUUGUUGCGUGGUAUAUGGGGACUCCGACUGAACCGUUUGAGAUUCCGGAGAAAACGAAAGCGAUGAUGGAGUCUAUGCUUAUUUCGGAGAUUGAUCCGUCUGAGGUUGGUAGGGUGCUGGCUAAGAAUAUCAUUCUUGGACUUGAGAAUACGGCACCGGCUUAUGCUUCUAAAGAGUUUAUUGAGGCUAUGAGUAGGCUUUUGAAUGGGGAUCAGCUUGCUGAUCAGCUUGAUAUUCCGAGACCGAGUUUGUAUUAUCGGGCUUUGAUUUGGGGAUACUGUUUUUGGGUUUCGGGGGUUUCGUUUGUUAUUCCGAGAAUUUGGUUUAUGGAUCGGAUUAUGAUUGCGCUGCGUCGGAAAUACUUCUACAAGAUGAUUACGGAUCCGAAGGUCGGUCUUGGGCGUGAGUCUCGUUUUGACUUUAAGUAUAUUCCGACUUUGACGCGGACUACACGGUUGGGUGAGAGACGGACGAUCAAAUUUGAGAGGCCUGGGAUUGAGAAUCUUGCGCGCUUGGGACUUCUGGCUGCGUUGACUGCGGUGGUUGCUUUGGGUAUGGGGUUGAUGCUUGCUGCGAGGGUGAUAUCUUCAAAUCAUCUGCAGAUUUUCAAUGCUAUCCAGAUGUAA